GGGAUACUCGUUUGAGAGAUUCGAUUGAUACUUCGUUCGCCAAACAGUGAAAUGACCGGCAGGCAAAUUGCCCCCUCCCCUCCCCGGCUGAAUCCUCCUAUCUUCAGGUUUUGCGGGCAAAAAAAGGAGGUGCCCGUUACAUGUUUCCCCGGUCGCUCUUCAACCUUUUCCUCUCUCUCUCGUGUCUCUUUCCGAACGCACCUCCCCAAUAGGCUAAGAUCGAAGGCCCGUGUUGCGUCUCCGUUGGGAUACUGAUAGGCCUUACCAGGGCUGCGAACUUCGGCCCCUCUGAAUAAGAGCCUCCCAAGAUUUGUUUCCUCUGUGCAAUCAUAUCUUUUCCUCCACCCUCCGUUCUUUUUCCAACACCGGUCCAACGAUCAGAACACCUACCUAGCCUUGUCUGCUAUCAUUAUAUCUUUGGUGCUGGCCGAAUACUGAGCUCCAUUGCGCAAGCUUGUGCUCGUCCGUCCAGUGUCUCCGCGCCAUUGACUUCACGCACAUAGUCUCUCGGAACAACCCUCAUCUUUCGUUAAACCACCUUCCGCAAUGGCAUCAGGAAUUCCAUAUACUCCCAAGCCUGCCACCGACAUAUUCACCCCAUACCAAACCGACAUCGAUCGCCGGCAAUGCAAAAGAAUCGUACCGAUGAGAGUGCUGGCACUCGGCCUGGGGAGGACGGGUACAGCCUCGUUAAGAGCCGCCCUGAAAGAGCUGGGUUACACAGACACCUACCACAUGAUGUCCGCUAGUGUUGAAAAUCCGCCUGAUUGUCUCUGCUGGAUGGACGCCUUUGCUGCAAAGUUCGAGGGCAAAGGAAAGUUUGGCCGUGAAGAGUGGGAUGCACUCUUCGGCCACUGCCAGGCAGUCUGCGACUGGCCUGCAGUGGCGUUUGCCAAAGAACUGAUCGAGGCGUACCCUGACGCCAAAGUCAUUAUCACAACGAGAGACGUGGACUCGUGGCAUAACUCGGUCAUGAAGACGGUCAAUUGGCGCGCCAAUGACCCUGAACUUAAGGCCGUUGCCAAUUUUGACUGGGCCGCCGGCCUGUACCACCCGAUGCUGCGCAAAUUCUGGAAGUACUUCUUUUACGACGACUUCGAGAACCAGGGGAAGCAGAGGUUCCACGACUAUUAUAAGGAGAUCCGAGAAUUGGUGCCACCGGGGAAGCUGCUCGAGUACCGCGUCAGUUCUGGCUGGCGACCUCUGUGCGAGUAUCUCGGCGAGCCCAUUCCCGAUAAGCCAUUCCCAAGAUCCAAUGACGCGGAGAACUUUGUGCAACGAUGCAGAACACAAAACCGCAAGCAGAUGAUGAACGUUAUCUUCCGAGCCCUGGUGGUGGGAGUUCCCGUGGUCGCCACUGCUCUGUCGGCGACGUUUGCUUACACCCACUACCUGCCCAAGUUUGCGCAGAACACCCCACUCUGGACGGCAGCUUCCUGAUUCAACCACUACGAGGAGACUCUGUCCAACGCACAUGCAGGGCAAGAUUUGUACAUAGCCUGGGUGUUUUGGCGGGUUUUGUGUGUAAUUACUUGUUCUAAUCUUUGCUAUGGGCGCUGGCGCAAUUGUUCUCUUCUAGACAUAAUGGCUUUGGCAAUGGGUUUGGACCAAAAAAGUGGUAGGGGAGUUUUGGACACAUUCUGAGGUAGUAUGUACUGAUAGAGGUCGUCGGCUCCUGCCGACGUCAGGUAGUAUCGAGCAGUACAAGAUAUCAAGCUUUAUCAUAGCUACCGGUCGUUCUCCGACUCUUGAUUGGGACUAUUGAACACGAGUACUUUAGACGGGGGAGACAGAGGAGCUACCUCAUUUAGGUCUAUCGGUACAUCUAGAGAACAAAUCUAC